CAAGGGCCACGUAGGUUGUGCGGUCGCGUUCACCGUCGGUUUGUCGGCCGGAAAUCACAUCACUCUUUCCCUGUCUCUCCGUUCUCUGUCGUUCUCUUUGUCGGUGUCUAACGGGUGCUGCCGGUCGGUGGCCACCUCAAAGAUCUGCUUCGACUUCGAUACCACGCACCAACAACAUGACGGGAGAACAGAAGGGAACGGUUCUGGUUACCGGUGGAGCAGGAUACAUUGGUUCGCAUACGGUUGUGUCACUGCUCGAAGCCGGAUACGGUGUGGUGGCACUGGACAACUUCACCAACUCGGUCAAUUCCGCCAAGAACGAGUCCGUGGCAUUGAAGCGUGUCGAGGAGAUUACGGGCCGGAAGGUACACUUCUAUCGGUGCGAUCUGCUGGACAAGGAUGCGGUCGAGCGUAUCUUCAAGGCGCACCGUAUCGACUCGGUCAUUCACUUUGCCGCCCUUAAAGCGGUCGGUGAGUCGAUGACUAAUCCGCUGCUGUACUACAAGAACAACAUGAUCGGCAUGAUCAACCUGCUCGAGGUGAUGGACGGGCUCGGUAUCUACAAGAUGGUGUUUUCAAGCUCCUGCACGGUGUACGGCGAACCGGAGCGACUACCGAUCACGGAGGAAAACCCAACGGGCAACGUGACGAACGUGUACGGCCGUACGAAGUACUUCAUUGAGGAGAUGCUGAAGGAUGCGGUACGGGCAGAUCCGAAGUGGAACAUUAUCGCGCUGCGUUACUUCAACCCGGUCGGUGCGCACAAAUCGGGUCGUAUUGGCGAGGAUCCAACGAAGCAGUUCACGAACCUAAUGCCGUACAUUGCCCAGGUUGCAAUCGGGAAGAAGGAUGUGCUAACGAUCUUCGGUAACGAUUAUGAUACCCCGGAUGGCACGGGAGUACGAGACUAUGUGCAUGUAAUGGACCUUGCCAGUGGUCACGUGGCCGCGCUGAACAAAUUGGACAAGGAGCAUCUCGGGCUGAAGAUGUACAAUCUCGGUACCGGAAAGGGCAUUUCCGUCAUGGAGCUUAUCAACACCUUCGAACGAGUGAACGGGGUGAAGAUUCCCUAUGUUAUUCAGGAUCGACGUGCCGGUGAUAUUUCGUCCAUGUUUGCCAACGCAACGCUCGCCGAAACGGAGCUCGGAUGGAAGGCGGUACACAGCGUCGACGAGAUGUGCGAGGACUUCUGGCGAUGGCAAACCAUGAACCCGAACGGGUACAAAACGGACCAGACGAAUGGACACCAUUGAGUGGGCAGCUGGUGGUGCCUUGCUGUUUGAUGUAUUUAUUUUAAUGCCAGCGCACGUUCCGCGUCUCACUCCACUU